CACUGAACCAUUGUCACUUACAUCUCUAUCCCUUCUAUCCGUAUACUUACCCAUCUCCCUUCCCUUCAACCCGCUUUGCUUUUAAUCUCCUCCUUUCCUCUUCCUUCGCUACUUUCCAAUCGAUCUCUCAGAUCGUCGUGUCGCUUUCGUCUUUCUUAUCGCAGGAACAAAGCUUCUUUAAGCAGUUGAAAUUUACUGGUUCUGCUCUGCAUCCGUUGCAAGCUGAGAUAUCUCGAAAAGAAAAAGUUUCUUGUCUAUAUCCUUCACACACACAUCAAUCAUUAUGUCUGAAUCAACAACCGUCUCCAACACGGAGAAUCUCAUGAAGUACAUGAACCUCGACCAGCGCGGAAGCGUGCAGGCUGAGUACGUCUGGAUUGACUCCGUCGGUGGAUGCCGCAGCAAGACCAAGACUCUCAAGAAGGCUGUUUCGUCCGUUGACGAGCUCCCCGAAUGGAACUUCGACGGUUCCUCAACGGGUCAGGCCCCUGGUGACAACUCCGAUGUCUACCUCCGUCCCGUUGCUAUCUACCCCGACCCUUUCCGUCUCGGUGACAACAUCCUCGUCCUUUGCGAGACCUGGGAUUCGGAUGGAACCCCCAACAAGUACAACCACCGCCACGAUGCCAACCGCCUGAUGGAGGUCAACGCCAAGGAGGAGUUCUGGUUCGGUCUUGAACAGGAGUACACUCUCCUCGGUAACGAUGGCUGGCCUUACGGAUGGCCCAAGGGCGGUUUCCCCGGUGCCCAGGGUCCUUACUACUGCGGUGUCGGAACUGGCAAGGUCUACUGCCGUGACAUCGUCGAGGCUCACUACCGUGCUUGCUUGUACGCUGGCAUCAACAUUUCUGGUAUCAACGCUGAGGUCAUGCCUUCCCAGUGGGAGUACCAGGUUGGCCCCUGCCCCGGUAUCGAGAUGGGUGACCAGCUUUGGAUGUCCCGUUUCCUCCUCCACCGUGUCGCUGAAGAAUUCGGCGUCCGUAUCUCCUUCGAGCCCAAGCCCAUCAAGGGUGAAUGGAACGGAGCUGGUCUCCACUCCAACGUUUCCAACGCCGCCACUCGUGCUGAGGGUGGUAUGAAGGCCAUUGAGGCUUACAUGAAGAAGUUCGAGGCCCGUCACGCUGAGCACAUUGCCGUCUACGGUGAGGGUAACGAGGAGCGUCUCACUGGCCGCCACGAGACCGGUAGCAUUGACAAGUUCAGCUACGGUGUCGCCGACCGUGGUGGCAGUAUUCGUAUUCCUCGCCAGGUGGCUAAGGAUGGCAAGGGUUACUUCGAGGACCGCCGUCCCGCCAGCAAUGCUUGCCCCUACCAGAUCACCGGUAUCAUCGUUGAGACUAUCUGCGGUGGCAACUAGAUACCUUAACUACCAAUAAAAACGUGAAGACUUUUGUUUCCUCUUAGCGCUCGUAUACCCUCCGGCGUCAGUUGGGAUCGAACUAGGAGAGCAGCCUGGCAGUGUGGAGCACAUAGAUUUUUCUUUUCUUUUCUUCUCACGAUGGUAUUUCAGGUUUUCUUUUACUCGGAUGCCAGAGCUUGCCUUUGCGUUCAUUACCCCAUGCCGUUUAUAUUCUAAUUACUUCUCUUUCGUUACUUGUUACUGGGUUAUGUGUUACGUCAACAACAACAUAGAAGGUUCACAGUGAAUUGGACAAUCACUAGGAAUGGAACAACUGUUUAGGAAACAGGAAGGAAAGGAGCAACCACUGUCAUAGUAUUAUUGUGUAUCAAAUACAACCAAUCACUCUUUGGA